GCUUGGCAAAAAUUACUCGCCAUAUUGGGUCAACAAUCAUCGUGGCAUAAAGCUCCAGCUUCAACUACUUGUCUACUUCACUCUCUGUUCAUCUUCUUCUUGUUGUGAUGUGAAAAAGAGAGACGGAGUAUGCAGGGCUACUCUGUGUUUUCACUUCGAGUUACUUCUUUUUCCCCCUUUUCCAUUUUUCCUUCAAACACCACCUACUCUUCAAUUCCCUUUAAAACUGCUAAAUUGAACUCAUGGGGCAAAAGGGUUGUUGAUUCUCGUGUUGUUAAUCCUUUUGAUUAUGCUCGCAACAAGCCUGUGCUUUGUUUCAAGGUACAUGCUACUGCUGCUGAAACUGAUCAACCAAAAUGGUGGGAAAAGAAUGCCUCAAAUAUGAUUGACAUUCAUUCAACUCAAGAAUUUUUAGAUGCUUUAAGUCAAGCUGGUGAUAAAUUAGUGAUUGUUGAAUUCUAUGGCACAUGGUGUGCCUCUUGUCGUGCAUUGUUCCCCAAGGUCUGCAUGAUUGCGGAAAAACACCCAGAGAUUCUUUUCAUUAAGGUGAACUUUGAUGAGAACAAGUCUUUAUGCAAAAGCUUAAAUGUAAAAGUCCUUCCAUAUUUCCACUUCUAUAGAGGGGCUGAUGGUCUGCUGGAUUCCUUUUCUUGCUCUCUCGCAAAGCUCCAGAAACUAAAGGAUGCCAUUGAGAAUUAUAACCCAGCUCAUGCAAAGGAAAGCUGAAAGGCACUGCUCAAGGGCUCUGGUCUACUGGUAAGAGUGCAGUCCGUGAUGUGCUGAUUAGACACACUUUACGAGUAUGAACCACAAAAUGUAAUGGUUCUUCUUCCACAAAGAUUCAGACAAAAACGCGCUUGGAUAGCACUGAACAAAGACUUGGAUAUUGAAUGAUCAAUUCACCAUUGAGAACAUUUAGCCUCAAGAGACAAAUAUCGCGGUGUUCUAAGAAUUUUGAUGAGCGAAAUCUAAUGUACUAUUUAUAAAUCACUUACCUUAAAGGGAAGAGAUGAUUUGCGAGAUGUGGCACGAAAAAUUGAGACUUCAAGUGUUCCAUGAAAAAACUUGUGUUUGCCCUC